AACGUCACUAAAAUUUGACAGCUGUUGACUGAGUUGAGUUUGACGUUUGGUAAUUUACAAAAAAAUGUAAUGUGGCCGAGUUCUUUUAGAUUUUGUACGAGAAAUUGGAAAUAAAAUAAAGCGUAAAUAGAUAAUUUACAUCAUGGGCACGACGGGACAGUCGAUUACUUUAGCGAACAGUAUCAUAGGGGUAGGCAUUUUGGCUAUGCCAUUUUGCUUUCAACAAUGCGGAGUGGUGUUGGCUACUUUGAUCCUAGUGUUUAUGGGCCUAGUCUCAAGGCUAUGCUGCUAUUUCUUGCUAAAGUCUGCACUGAUCACUAGACGGAGAAACUUUGAAUUUUUAGCAUUCCAUGUAUUUGGUUCAGCAGGAAAAUUGGCAGUAGAGGUGGGCAUCAUAGGUUUCCUGAUGGGCACGUGCAUAGCUUACUUUGUAGUCGUGGGGGACCUCGGACCGCAGAUUGUCGCUAAAAUGUUUAAUAUCAACCAAAGUGAUAUACUAAGAACAUGUAUAAUGGUGAUUGUGUCACUGGUGUGUGUGCUACCACUGGGCCUGUUGAGAAACGUGGACAGUCUCAGUAACGUCAGCGCGGCCACCAUUUGCUUCUACUUCUGCUUGGUUAUGAAGGUGAUAGCAGAAGCGGCGUCGCAAAUGUUCACAACGUCUUGGGAGACGCGCGUAGAGAUGUGGCGGCCGGCGGGCGUGCUGCAGUGCGUGCCCAUAUUCUCCAUGGCGCUGUUCUGUCAGACACAAUUAUUCGAAAUCUUCGAAUCGCUGCCUUCGCUAUCCCUCGAAAAGAUGAACGUCGUCACGAAGAACGCAAUCAAUAUCUGCACGUGCGUUUACUUCACUCUGGGUCUCUUUGGGUAUAUCGCAUUCUCGGCUCAAGAUAUUUCCGGUAACAUCCUGAUGAGUUUGAGUCCCACCAUGGCGAGUGACGUCAUCAAGCUGGGUUUCGUAAUGUCGGUGGCCUUCAGCUUUCCGCUCAUAAUCUUCCCUUGCCGAGCUAGUCUGUACUCGCUGCUUUAUAAGAAGGUGCACUCAUCGCACCACGACCACAUAAUCAACCACUCGAUCCCUGUGCGUUCGUUCCGCUGCAUCACCGUGGGCAUAGUGGGCGCAUCGCUGUGCGUGGGACUGGCGCUGCCCAACAUUGAGCUGGUGCUGGGAUUGGUGGGCGCGACUAUAGGCGUGUUAGUGUGCGUGGUGUUCCCAGCGGCGGCUUUUGUAAGGGCCACACAUAAGGAUACAAAUGAAAGGCUGUUGGCUAAGGGCAUCAUAAUCCUGGGCCUGAUCAUCAUGGUACUAGGCACGUGCGCCAACCUGCAGGCGGCCGAGAGCCAGAUCGACAAGUACGACGACAAGUAUAUCACCAAAGAACGCAUCGACAAGAUGGUCGAGGACUUCUUCCAGAAGCAGGAGAAACCCAACGGUGUCAUAAUAAAACCAGAGUUCAAAAACGGUCCAGAUGAAACAAACAAGAUCAACGAUGAUAUUUUAAAAGAAUCCGUUGUGUUACCUCCAAAUCCAGUGCCUCCAGAAUCGCAAUCAAAUGAAAAGAAAGAAGAAAACAAACCCAAACCUAUAGUAAAAGAUGUUGCACCAGAAAUAUUACCAGAAACCGUCGACAAAGUAUCGGAGACGCAUCCUAAAAAUCUAAAUAAGGGACAUGACGCUAAACAUGUUAAUGGAGUCAAAGAAAUACAAGAACAAAAGCAAGUUGAAAAACCAAAAGAAAACAAUGAAAAACCACAGUCACUCGAAGAUAAAAUGAAUAUAAAACAGCAAAAACUCAUAGAAACAAUAAAACAACAUGGCGAGGAACAAAAAGAGCUUCUCAAAGAACAGAAAGAAAUUCUAUCUGAACUGCAGAAAACUAAACAAGAAUUGGAGAAAAAUAAGAAUGACGCAGCCGAUGCGGAUGCAAAGAAAAUUGCCGUCGAAAGUAUUAAGAAAAUAGCGAAUAUGGCGAUACAAAGCCUGGCUGGCGUGUCUGAUAAACCUGGGGAAAUUGGAGACGAGAAAAAAUCUGAACAAUUAGAAAAACUAGCAGACGAAGCAGUGCAAGAAAUAGCUCAAAAGGCUGUCGAAACCAUCGAAGCCAUAAAGGAAAUCAAAGAAAAGCCAGAAGCCCCGAAACCUUUGCCUAACGUACCUCUUGUGCCUGUCCCACCUAACAAUAAGUUGCCUCUAAAUAAUGGACAAAACAUUAAUCCAAAGCAGGUUCAGCAAAAUGUCGUAUCAAAUGGUCAAGUGAAUCCCCAAAAUGUGCAACAACCCAAUGCUCAACCACCAAAUAUUGGUCAACCAAUAGCAAAUGUAGCAAAAGACGUAAAUGUACCUCAACCACCUGCAAAUGUUGUGCAACCAGUGAAAACUGCCCAACUUCCGGCAAAUAACGUCCAACCUUCGGCCAAUAUUGGUCAGCCUAUAGCGCAAGCUUUAAGUAAUAAUGCUCCUGUAGCUAAUUUACCACCAAUCCCCGCAAAUAUUGGUCAGCCUCCCGCAAAUAAUAAACAACCCGAUGCAAAUGUACAAGCAAAUAUAGCACAAGCUGUCGUAAAUAACCAACCAGCUGCCAAUCAAAUUGCACAAAACAUACCUAAUAAUAAUAACCUGCCAGUGAAAAAUAAUCAGAAUGAAUUGCCAGUACAAAACAACAAAAAAUCUGCUGAAACUGCCAAACAGCAUUUACACGCUCUUGAUGAACCGCAGUCUUAUAAACAAGGCGAAGACGUACAGAAAAAGAAUAACGACCAAGCCCUUAACAAUAUCGUUGCUAAAAAUGUCCCACUACCCUUAGCUAUAAAUGGCAACACACAACAAAAAAUAAACGAAAAUGUAAACUCAGUACAAAAUAGUGAUAAUGCUAAUGUUAAAAUCGACGGCAUUCAAAAUGCAAACCAAAAAACUGGAGAUAAAGCUGCAGGUAGACAAAAAAGAGAAGUCGUCGAUUGCACAGAAAAGUCUGCUCUAAAACCUGAAGACAAAGAAAUUUGCAAAACGUUAAUAGACAAUAAGCCAGAUUUAAAUAAGGAUGUGAAAGAUAUCCUUUCGUCUCAAGUAGAUUUAACCGAUAUUGGGCUGCCAAAGAAUUUACCUUUCCAUCCAAACGUUAUACAUCACAUUAGCAGAUCUCUAAAAUUGUAUAAAGAACCAAGUAAAAACGAGAGAUGAACGCUAGAAGAGGGUUAAUGUUAAAUUUUUUUGACGCCAUGAGGUCAUGUGUUAAAUUUGCAUUUAUUUAUUUAUUUAGUAUGUAUGACAUUGUUAUUACUGCGCGGAUACUGAAGCACCGAGUGUUCCAUUCAAGCAGUUCAGUGCUACUAUUGCUAUGAGCGUUUUCACUGGAAUACAUGAGAAGAUAAAAGAUAAAAAGGAACAUCGUUAAGAGUCAACAACCAUCACAUUUUUCUAUGGAUAAUGACAAGCGCCAGUUCUUUUGCGUCUUAAGGCAAUGGAUGCACUAUUAUUAUUAUUUAUUUAUUUCUUGGAUGCGUGAAAAGUACAAUUGGACUGGAAAAUAUGCCAUUUUUUACGGUUCAGAAACAUGAGAAUUUAUUCUCAACUGUACGACAUUUCACGAUUCCUAUCGGUCUUACAUGAUGAUUCAUUUUUCAUACCAAUUUACUAACCUAAUCUAAUGUAAAGAAAAAGUGCCCACAUAUUUUUGGCCCUGAUUGUACUUAUGUAUGAAGCCCGAUUCCAUAUGAAUGUAUUUUAUUUAUGGAUACUAACUGCCCACGAUUUUUUUCAAAUAUACUUUUGAUUUUCAUUUACUGUAGUUCCCAUUUACAAGUAAUAUGCCUUACUUCAGACUUUACUAAUAUGUAACUAAACUAUGUCUGUGAAUCUCUUCAUAUCUAAGUUAAUCAUGACGUAGAUUUAUUUAUUGGACAUCGGGCUUUGCAUGAAUGUUAUUUGUGAUCUCAAGUUAU